CUGGCUGUCAUACCAAGAUAUAAAAAAUUAAUCACAAUAAUCAUCUGCACCAAAAAAUAAUCAGAGCUGUUUUGCUCAUUAACAAGGUUAGGUUAGUGAAAAUUAAAUAAUUUAUUUAACACUAUGGCAGUCUUGAAAAUAACGAACAACUGUUGAGAUGUGAAUGAUGCGACUAACUGCUAUUGUUAAGCAAUCUCGGUGUCAUUAAAUAAUUGAGGCUGCCUGUCAGUCAUAAUGCGGAGACGACUGGAGACUGAUGAAAAUCAUAAAUAAAAAGACUUGAAUUUUUCGAGGAUUUUCAAGAGAGUUGGAGCAGUUGGGGUAAUUGUUUACAUGAAAUCAGGAGGUAGCUAUUCGGAGUGAGAAUUGGCGAUUGCUGAGAGAAAGAGAGGAGAAGUGGUAAUCGCACUUUUGUAGUCCACGAUUUGACCAGUGGCGAUCAGUACCGCUUGUACUGUCAAACAGUUCAGUACGUACUCUCGGUAAACAGAAUUUUCAGUACCGUUUUCUGUAAUUUAAUUAUCUCUCAACAUCCAUUUCGUGGUACGAUUGAUAAAUAAUAUUCAAUGAGUUGUGAAUCCUCUUGGACACUCAAUCCUUGAUCUUGUCAGGGGUGGAAAUCAAUUUUUAUCGAUCAUUCAUAUAUUCAUAAGUACGUCGUGUAAGUUGCUAGCCUUCUAAUAAGGAAAAUUAAUGAACUUGGAGCCUUUCCCUAAGACGAGUUUUUCAUUAUCGAGGCAUGUACACGGAAAAAUAUUUGUUAACCAGUUGCUCCUUUUUCCUGACAAUUGUUUGUGGUUCUUGGUAAUUGUAAUCACUGGGUAAAUUUAAACCGAGUGCUUAUCAGUUACGUUUUUUUUUUCUUCGGUGUAACUAUCCCCUUUGUGUAUUAAUUUUUCACAAUAACAAAUGCCUAAGGAGGGCAGUCUGGAAAUUAAAUAUUUAGUCGAGAAUUUCUCCUUGUCCGUGAAGAGAUUAGCAGAGAAAGUUCAGUGGAACUCUUGGUCCUUUCUUCUGGGAUGUUUUAGUGUUGUGGAGAUUUAAUUCUGAUUUUUGCAGCUUGACUAGCAACAAUGUCCGACGUCGAGGGAGAGGAUGAGUUUCAAGAUGCGCAGGAAACUAUCACAAGACCGACUACGAUGGACUUGGAUACUGCGAUAGACGAGGCAAAAAAGGCGAUCAACUGUUUCUUUAAUAAUGAUUUUGACAGUGCAAAAAAAAUUCUCGAGCCCUGGGCUGAAUCCAGUAUGUACCAUUCCCUGGGGACAGCAGUAUUCGCCUGUCUCGAGGCAUUCCUGACGUUUGAAGAGCAAAGUAUAGCAAAAGCAUCAGAGUCUCUGAAAAUGUGCAUGAAUGUGUGCUCCAAGCAACGCCGGCAUGUUACACUCACCCAAAAUAUUGGAAAGAUGGUAAAGAGAACAAAUUACGACAACUACACCGAUGAGGAGGUGCAUGCGGAGUUAUGCUAUGCCGAGUCCCUACUGAUGAAGGCCAUGCUUACGUUUGUCGAAGACGAAACCUUGGUCAGCUUUGUUAAAGCCGGAUUGAAAAUUCGCACAUGCUUUCUCCUGUAUAAAGAAUGCCUCAUCAUUCUCAAAUCACGUAAAUGGACGAACGAGACACAUAGGCUGCACUUUGAGAGUGGAGUACGAAUGGGUAUCGGCACGUUCAAUCUCAUGAUAUCUCUGCUCCCAGGGCGAGUUAUCAAAUUGCUCGAGUUCAUUGGAUUCUCGGGUGAUAAGGAAUAUGGACUGAGAGAACUCAAAUUGGGGUACAAUGAGAAGCGAGGAAUACGUCAAGUUCUCUGCGCAAUGACACUGCUGUCAUACAAUUUAAUAGCUACAUUUAUCCUGAGCCACACAGACGGUGAUCUUGAUUUCUGCAAGAAAUCACUGGCCGAGCAAUUGGAUUAUUAUCCAAACGGUGUGUGGUUUCUAUUUUUUAAGGGUCGUUUGGAAUUCAUACAGGGUAAUAUGGAAGAGUCCAUUAAUUGGUACAAAAAAUCUUGGAGAAGUCAGGAAUUGUGGCCGCAAUUCCAUCAUUUGUGCUUUUGGGAGCUCAUGUGGGCGCAUUGUGUCAAGCAAGAGUGGGACGAUGCACUUUUCUACGCAAUAUCACUCGCGGAACAGUCCAAUUGGUCUCGAACGAUUUACCUUUAUCAGCAGGCGGCUAUUAUGAUUAUGAGAAAGCCCGAUCCUAAAAGCUCUGAUCGUGAUUGCAUAAAUAAUCUCAUGAUGCAAGUACCCACGCACAAGCAGAGAAUUGCUGGUAAAUCUCUUCCCAUGGAAAAAUUCGUAUGCAAAAAAGCCGAGCGCUAUUUCUCGCAGAGUAAAAAUCUAGUCUUACCUAUUUUUGAAUUGAUGUUCGUGUGGAAUGUUUUUCGCGUCGUUGGCAAACGCAAGGAUCUCAUCAUGAACAUGUACAAGGUCAUUGAGGAUGAGGAAAAGAGUCUUAAAAAUAGUUCGAAAUCAGAGUACGAUCCCGAUAAUAAUGCACUUCUAUUACUCAUCAAGGGAGCAUGUCUGAGACAGAUGAAGCAUCCGCUGCAGGCGGAAGAUUGCCUCAAGCAAAUUAUCAGAAUGGAAAAGCAAAUUAAGGAGGAUACCUAUCUGGUGCCCUACGCUGUUGUCGAACUCGCGGUUUUGGCCCGAGAUCGGGGCGAUCUUACGACAGCUAUUUGUCUCCUCGAGGAUGCCAAGCGCAAUUACACUGGGUAUUCCCUCGAGUCACGUCUUCAUUUCCGAAUUCACGCCGAUCUGCUGGAAUUGAACAGCAAGAAAGCCACCAAUGGGAAGAAAAUUGAGGUGGCUGAGGAGGCUGAAGAGGCCACAGAAGCUAUACUAUCCGAGCUCAUUUCUAAGAGCACUGUCGAUUGAUCUUUCGAGACUAAAUCUAAAUCCGUGAAAUUGGGGACCUGUGAAAUGGUGAUUUAAUAAUUCCAUUAUUGUAAUUUCUAUUCGUGGUGAUGUAUCAUGGGCCUAGGUCUACUGGAUGAACCAAAUAUUAUGUAUUACCAUAUAAUAUAUAUUUAUGAUUGGAAAAUUGAUAAAACUUAUUCAAACGUGUU